GGGGGUGCUCGGCAUCUCCAGCAUCUGCACACGAUCUCUCACUCCAGUCUGCAGCUUUAAACCCUCGGCGGCAGCGGCCUCUGCCACAUCCCUCUGUGACGUCACGCGGGCCUCCCCGUCGCCAUAUUGCUGGAAAAUAACCCGGUUACGGGCGGCUCGCACUCCGGCGAUCUUCACCACCCCCCUCCUCCUCAUUUCCCUCUCACACCGCCGAGCGAAAAACAACCGCCCUCAACAUCCCGCCGUCCUCGGUUGAUGCAGCCUCGCUGCUGACAGGGAAAAAGUAGCAGCAGCUGCGGCCGCCCUCGAACCAUGUCGACUCUGACCCAGAGGAGUUCCGGCCUUGUCCAGAGGAAAACGGAGGCGUCCAGGAAUGCGGAGAAAAUUGGCGAGGAUGACGAGGACCGGAGGGAUGAGCAGGACCAGGAGGACGAGAAGGGUGACUCCAAAGAAACUCGCCUCACCCUGAUGGAGGAGGUCCUUCUCUUAGGCCUAAAGGACCGGGAGGGUUAUACAUCAUUUUGGAAUGAUUGCAUCUCCUCUGGGUUGCGUGGAUGCAUGCUGAUUGAACUAGCACUAAGGGGACGCUUGCAACUGGAGUCUUUUGGCAUGAGACGCAAAAGUUUACUAACAAGGAAGGUUAUCUGUAAGUCAGAUACCCCUACUGGAGAUGUGUUGCUUGAUGAAGCCCUGAAACAUAUUAAGGAAACACAACCUCCGGAAGCGGUGCAGAGCUGGAUUGAACUUCUCAGCGGUGAAACAUGGAAUCCAUUAAAGCUGCACUAUCAGUUACGAAAUGUGCGUGAGCGAUUGGCGAAAAAUCUAGUGGAGAAAGGUGUACUGACGACAGAGAAACAGAACUUCCUGCUGUUUGACAUGACAACACAUCCUCUUACCAACAAUGUAAUCAAGCAGCGUCUCAUCAAAAAAGUUCAGGAAGCUGUGCUGGAUAAAUGGGUGAAUGACCCGCAUCGGAUGGACAAGCGCUUGCUUGCCCUCAUUUACUUAGCCCAUGCCUCGGAUGUACUGGAGAAUGCCUUUGCCCCUCUCUUAGAUGAACAUUAUGACUUGGCCAUGAAAAGAGUACGACAGCUGCUGGACUUGGAUCCUGAAGUUGAAUCUAUGAAAUCUAAUACAAAUGAAUUACUUUGGGCUGUAGUUGCUGCCUUUACCAAGUAAAAUAUAGAAUUAAAUGAUUAUUUGUUUUCCUGUUUUUCUUCUCCUCCCAUUAUAAUUCCUGUCCUUAUAAGUUGUAACACUCUUUCCAUGAAAUUAGACCUUGCUUUGAAACUUGCUUAAACACUUUGGUUCCAAUAAAUCUUGAAAGACUGAUUCAUAAACGGCCAAUGAAGCGCUGCAUUUCUUACAGCCAAAGAGGAGGUACUGUAUCAUUUUUGUGGCCUAUUCAAUUCUCUUUCUCCUCCAUUUCAUUUAAAUGAUAAUGUGGAAAGAAACUCAAGUGCAGUUUAUUCCUGAUAAGCUCAUAACUAGUCAACCAAGAUAUUUUGUCCGUCAGUAUUUUUAUGUAAUGGAAGUGAAUGGGGUAGGUGGGUUUUGUACUUGGAUCAAGCAUGCAUUUAUUUAGACUGUAAGUUGCAUUGUCAUUUUAAAUGACCAUCAUAUGCACUUGGUUUAUAAAUAUAGGGGAUUCAAAAUGCUGCACUGUAAAACACUAAAUAUCUGCCGCCUUACUGCAUUAUUUUCUGCUACCGAUGAAAACAAUGUCAAUCCUCCCAUAAUGUAAUGUAAGAGAAUACGUGUAGUGUUUGAUUUCCCUACUCCAUCUUUUAAAAUCCAGUUACUUUAACUUAUAAAAUGUAAUGUGCAUGGGCCCCUAAACUUUAUGAAGUUUUGUGGUAUUAAUUUGUUUUCUUGGUGGGAUCAACUGUAAAAUGCUACCAGAAAUUAUUUUACCGCAUUGGAAAUAAACAUUUAUUGUGAAACUAAUGGUCUGUUAAAACAUCACUAUGCACAAUAGACUUUAGGAAAAUACAUGGACAUACAAACAAAAAAACCACAAAAAAUCAUGUGGCCAAGAAGCAUGGCAUUGUCUUCUGAUUCAUGGCCAAAAGUUACAUGGGGAAAUGUGUUUAGUCAAAUUCUCCUCCAUUGAGAUCAGAUUACUUGCACAUUUCCUCCCCUUUUCAAUUCUACUUCGAUAGCAGAAUAGAGAAUCUCUCUAACAUUUUAAGAUUUAUGUUGCGGUUUGUAAAUUUAUGCUUUUUGUUAUCUAUCUACUUUUUUUGUAAGCCAUCUCUUUUAAAUUAUUACAUCAAUUUGAUUGACAGAGGAGGCCUUCUGACAGUGAUCCAUAGAUUCACAAUUUUAAAUGGAAGUAAUUCUGGGAUAGCUAACAUUCCAGUAUAGUUUGUAUAUAGUUCAACUUGUAUAUUUACCUAUUCCAUCCUAGUUUUUAUUUUGCAAAAUGACGAAUUCCACACCUGAUCUCAUCUGUGCUUAGCCAGUCAUAUGGUGGAGAGAAGUUUUAUCUGUAGAGCAUGUUCAAAACUCUGCUAUGUAAUUUUUAAUGUAUGUGGACAAAGUACCUUGCAGCCACUUGGACCAAUACAUAGCCCUUUAUGUUAUUCAAUGUGAGGUCCAAGUUGGUUUUAAGUCUUGUAACAAGUAUAUUUCAUAUCAAAGAAUGCUUGUUGUCAAUAGCAAGAUGGGUACAAUUCUUUGUUUUUCAUUUUUCAGUUCUUAGUACACUGAAAAUGAUGUGAAGUCUUAGUUUCUGUUUUCCUGCAAAAAAUAAUUACUAAUUUUAGUUAAUUGCUUCUUUGGAAAUCUUUUAUAAGCAUGGCAUGUGAAUAGUUAAUUGCAAAUUGCACCGCUGUAAUUAUUAAGGGUGUUUUUUUGUGGAAUAGCUACUAUUCCGAUUAUGGCACAGAUUUUAUUUUACAUAUAACUUGUUUCAGUAUGUCAUGAAAUUAUUGGCUUUUCAGCCUGUGAGCUCUUCACUGCUUGCUUCACUGCUGCUGGUUUCACCAUAUUUAUGUAAAUAACAAAAUGAUUAGCAAAACAGUGAUUCAUAAUUAUAUUACAUAUGAAUGAUGGGGCUUACAGGUGUUUCUGAAUAAUUUGUUUAAGAAUUCAAAACAACAAUACUAGAUGGAGUAGAACUGUAGACUUGAAAUUAAAGAUCCCUGAUCUGUAUACUAGCUUUUUACUUUUCAGUUAAUAAACUAUGGUU